ACCCAGUAUCUUUCUUCCUGUCUCACUUGUUGCGCACGAGAGCAACGUUAGAACCUAACCUAGUUAACCAAGUUGUUAUUAGAAGUAGUAGAGGCUGUAACGGUUAUAAACACAUGUAUUGAAGUUUUAUACAAACGACUAAACAAAAAGUGAAAAUGGAUGCUUAUGAACUUUUUCAAAAGCUUUCUAGUGGUGUUCAAUUUAAUAAAAAACGUUUUCUUGCCGAUGCACAAAGAUUUCAGCUUGUUAAGAAACGAUCAGAAGAUGCGGUUAUAACCGAAGAAACGCAUAUUGAAAUACCUAAUGGUGAAAAUUGUUUAUCAACAUCUAUUAAAAGGAAGCAUGACGUAAUUGACAAUGAAACAGAAAACAUUAGUCAAUUAGUACUACUCGAUGGUAUAACGGUCCCCGGAGAUGGAAGUAAAAUAAAAUCUAAAAAGUAUAAAGAAUCUUUGUCUACAGAGAAGCAAUUAAAACUACAGCAGGAAGCGAUUAAUCAAUUUCGAAAUCAACAUCGCAUAAGAGUUACAGGCGCACGUAUACCUAAACCUAUCUCAACAUUUAUGGAAUUGUCUGAAAAUUUUGGUGUAACGAAGCAUUUGAUAAAUAAUAUUGUAAAUUGUGGUUACGAACAUCCUACACCAAUUCAGAUGCAAGCUAUGCCUGUUAUGUUGCAAGGCAGACAAAUGUUGGCUUGCGCACCAACAGGAUCUGGUAAAACAGUUGCAUUUUUAUUGCCCAUAAUCCACUGUUUAGGUGGACCACGAAAGAAAGGAUUCAGGGCUGUUAUUUUAAGCCCCACAAGGGAAUUAGCUAAACAAACAUACAGGGAAUGUGUACGCCUUAGUGAAGGUUAUAACUUUAAAAUACAUAUUAUCAGCAAAAUUAGUCAAGCAUUAAACAAAUAUGGGCCUCAAAGUUCACAGAAAUUUGAUAUAUUGAUUACUACUCCGAAAAGAGUAAUAUUUCUCUUAAAUCAGGAUCCACCAGCUAUUAACUUAAGCAACGUCAAAUGGCUAAUAGUAGAUGAAGCAGAUAAACUUUUUGAGGACGGGACGCGGAGCUUUAGAGAUCAAUUAGAAGAAAUUUCAAAAGCAUGUACAAAUCCGAAUUUACGCACUGCGAUGUUUAGUGCAACUAACACGCCGGUCGUGACAAAAUGGUGUCGACAAAAUCUAAAAGGUUCUGUAAUGGUUACUGUUGGUCAUAGAAACGCUGCUACCGAUUUAGUGGAACAAGAGCUUUUAUUCGUUGGAACGGAAAGAGGAAAACUUGUAGCACUUAGAAAUAUUAUUCAAAAGGGAGUACUACCACCUGUACUAGUAUUUGUCCAGAGUAAAGAAAGAGCUCAAGAAUUAUUUAAUGAGCUUAUAUAUGACGGAGUUAAUGUAGAUGUUAUUCAUGCUGACAGAACACAAACACAGAGAGAUAACGUUGUUCGUUGUUUUCGAGAAGGAAGGAUCUGGAUAUUAAUAUGUACUGAAUUAAUGGCGAGAGGUAUUGAUUUUAAAGGUGUAAAUCUUGUCAUUAAUUACGAUUUCCCACCAUCUGUUAUUUCCUACAUUCACAGAAUUGGUCGUACUGGCAGAGCCGGUCAUAAAGGAAAGGCAGUUACAUUUUUUACUGAACAAGAUACUCCGAAUCUAAGAAGUAUAGCUGCUGUAAUGAAAGAGUCUGGUUGCAAUGUUCCCGAUUAUAUGUUAACUAUGAGAAAGCAUACCAAGAAAGAAAAGCGGAAACUUGAACAGCAAGCUCCACCUAGAGAAAAAAUAUCUACCAAACCAACAUUCAAACGUAGACGUAAUGAAAAGAUAUCAAGAAAACCCGUUACAAAUAAUUGUGAGAAAAAAGAUGACAGUAUGAUAGACAAAACAGAUAAAAUUUUAAAACGAGCG